ACUGUUUAUUAAAAAAUUGUAAUGUACAUUUGUAAUCCUUAUAUUACGUACUGUUUAAAUGAUUAAAUAAUACUUCACCGCGUUGAUGAUGAAAGAUUAUGCAUAUUUUUCUUUUUACGACAUCGCGCAUGCGCCGAAAUAGUUAUAAAUAUUAUAAAAUACACAUAAUCGUUUAUUGUAAUAAGAUUUAAGUGUAAUAAAAUUUUAUCGAAAUAUUUUUUUCUCCUCAUCUUAAAUAUUUUAUUUAAUACGUCAGUUAUUUUAUAUAAUGUUUUUAAUAAUCAUUCAAAUAUGCUGUCUAAUAUGAAUUUAGAAAUAGGUUAAUCAGUAGUUAUACUUCAGCCGUAUUAAAUAUUCCAUUGAGAAUCUCUUCAUAAUAAGUUAUAUUACGCACAUCAAUAUGAGAAUUAUUUUUAAAUCAUAUCAAAAGUUGCUGUCAAAGUAUCCAGUGAGAACUCAAGCAGUACAAGCUGGUAUUUUAAUGGGACUAGGUGAUCAAUUAGCACAAAAUUUCGUAGAACGAAACAAAUUUAAAGAUUUGGAUUUUGCAAGAACUGGUCAUUUUAUUAGUAUUGGCUUUUUUAUAGCUGGUCCAGCAACUACAACAUGGUAUCGUAUAUUAGAUAAAUAUAUUGGUUCGAAAGGAGGUGUUGUAGUUAUGAAGAAAGUUUUAUGCGAUCAACUGCUCUUUGCUCCUUCCUUUUUAUCUAUUUUACUCGUUUCUAUCGGAUUGUUACAAGGGAAUGAUAUUGAUAGUUUAAAACACAAAUUGAAAACUAAUUACUUUGAAAUACUACUAAACAAUUAUAAGUAUCAAGUAUUACUUGUACAAUCAGUUGCAUUGUUAUGGAAUACAUAUAUUUCCUAUAUAACCAAUACAGGAAAUAAAAUACAGAACUACAACACAGAAAUAAAAUAAGUAUGAAAGAUAUUUCUAAACUUGAAAAUCAACGUACAUGGAUUUUCUUAUGGGACUUAAUAAUAAGUAUCUAUAAUGAAAUUAAUAUUUAAAAAAUUAAAGCAUUUAUCGUUUUUAUUUAUUCUCAUAAAUAAAUAAGAAUGAGAGUCUAUGGUUAGUAUGAAUUAGAUGACGAUUCUUUAAAUUGCUAAGAUGAAACAAAACAUCAAAAAAAUUUAAUGUACAAUUUUAAAAAUGAUUGUGAUACUAUUAUUACUUGUACAUUCCAAUAAAGAUUUUAUGUAUCUGUAUUACUUA